GGUGACAAGUGUCAAAACAAAAUUCAGCAUUGCGCAUGUGUGUGUGUAAAGAAGUGGGGAAAUGUUGCUAAAACUGCGAAAAAUGACUCAGAAAAUGUGAAAUCGUGGAGAGCUACGCAUCAAACAUACAAUUUAUAACAAAAAAAAAAAAACUGACAAAAUUUUUAUAAAUAAUUUUGUUAACACUAUCGUACGAGAUAGGAAAAAAAACAAAAGAAAAAACAGGAAAGAUAUCCAGAAGGAAAAUAUUUGAGAAAGCCUUGGAAGGAAAAAAAAAAAGAGUAAUCAAAGUUUUUAUUUGACAUCUAAAUUUUUUUUUCUGGUCGAAGAAAAAAUGACGUUUUAGCCUUGUUUGCGAGAAAAAGACAAAAAACAAGGGAGAUAGAAGAGGACAAGUAGUCCAUGAUAUUUUUUUCGUUUUGAUCACUUCGUAAAAUUGUGUUGUAAUUUUUGCCAAAGAGUAAAAGAGACAGUCUCUCAAUAAUGUCCGAUGCAAAAUGAAGAUGGAGAAAUUUUGCCAACAAUCCAAGUGGUAUUAUUCUGUUGUUUUUUAAUCGCGCUGAAAAAGACGGAAUGACAAUGAAAAGAAAAAUGGAUGAUAUGAAAAAAGAGACAAUAUGCCUCUAAAAUUGUUCAAAAUGAAAUGAAUGAUGCGUCCAAUUGAUGCUAAAUGAAGAAAAAAAUACCAGUGAAAUUUAUUUGAAAGACAGAAAGGAAGAAAGAAAGGAAGAAAGAAAACUAGGUUAAAUGAUGGAUAAUGAUAAAAUGUGUGAUGAAAAGGAGGAAAUUGAUUUGGAAGAUGGAGAAAUUGAGUCAGAUGGCGAAGUUGAUAGUGCACCGAUAUCGCAGCAACAGCAGCAAAUGCAGGAUGAUGGAAAUGGUCAGGGUGAGCAGGGUGCUAUCGAUGAAUGGGCAGUUCGUGUUGAAAAGGCAAUAGCCAAUGUACUGAAGAAGGAUGGUAUUGAGGUGGCUGAACCGACAGUUGCCAAAGUAGUACCAGUCAUUCCGGGACCAUCAAAACGGCCACAGGGCACUAAGGAUGAUGUCAGUGGUCAGAAGAUGGGCAGGAAGAGAAAGAGGAAGCGCAGUGAAGGUGGCGGCGGAGGCGGAGGAUCGUCCAAAGAGAGACGAAAGGUACCACCAAAGAUGGCAGAUGCAGGAAGAGAUGAAGAUGACUUUGAGAUGCUGUGCAUCAGAGGUGGAAGUCCACCGAGACGUGAUUGGGACUGUGAGUCCGAACAGAGUUACUCAAGUUACUCCAGUCAGGAGUCAGCUGGUGAAUACCGGCGACCAAGAAAGAGGCAGAGGGACAGAAGACGCGGAGGGGGCGGCGGUGGGAAACAUUUUGAGAAACGACGACAUGAUUCUGAUAAUGAAUCUCGUCAUCAGCACAAGAUGGAACUCUGCAAAUUUUACCUGAUGGAUUGCUGUGCAAAGCGCGAAAAGUGCCUCUAUAUGCACUCAGAUUUUCCCUGUAAGUACUACUAUCUUGGUCUCAAUUGCAUCAAUCGGGACACGUGCAAAUUCUCCCAUGGACGUCCACUAUCAAAUCAAUUGCGUAGUAUCUUGCUGAAGCACCUUGAGACAGCACCAAAGGAGAUUCUUGGUGAUUUUCCCCGUCUUGGACGCAAUCAUGCCAUCAGUAUGAUCAAUGUUACACACAAAAAACUAAUGGCUGAAUUUGAGGAGGUAACUGUAUCAACUAAUGUCAAUCAAGAUACCAAAAUGCCAACAGGAAAACCAAGAAAGAGUCGUUGGUGCGGUGAUGCCAGACAGACAAAGAAUCAACAGGCAAAUGAGAAUGUUCUGAGUCUAAAGCAUCUCACGAAUGUCCUUACGCAGGAUCAAAUUGAUCGGAUGGCAACGAUGGGAAUUAAGACUUUAAAUGAGGUGCAACAGCUGACUUUUAUGCAAUUGACAGAAUUGGGCCUGAGUGUUCAGCAACUUAGUGAGAUUCAACUGAAUACAAUGAAUUUUGUUAAAUUGGGUUUAGUCCAAAAUCAGGCUCAAAGUACCGUUUCCGGUCCGACGGACACUGGGGAGAAGACUGAGGUAGGAGCAGGAACAGGAGGAGCAGGAGGAGAUGUUGAUAUGAGAAAGGUAGAACAGGAAAUAGCAUCACCGGAUCAUGAUGACAUUCAGCGGCAUCAGCAGCAAAGUGGUGGAAGUAUUAUGGAGGAGGAUUUGCAGCAACUGAGUGUCGUGCAGGAGUGCAUUGUGAGGGCAGCAACAGCAUCACCGGAUGGUGAACAUGGUGGACAGGAUGAGCCAAAAUUGUUAAUUGAUGAAUCAUGGGAGAGUGAUGAAGAUGCUGCGGGUGCAUCGGCACAGAAGGAUGAUGAAAAGGGAAAAUAUUGUGAUUCAGCUGAGCCAUAUUGGCCACCAGCGCCACCUGUUGUCGAGGCGGCUGACAUGAGGAGAGUGGUGGGAGGUAGUCUAGCCAAAAUUGACUAUACAUCACAAAUACUUCCACCGCCAGAGCCAGAACCCGAAUCAAUUGCACCAAUGGAUCAUGGUGAUGCUGGAACAUCUGUCGAUGCAUCGAGUCGUGAUCCGCGAAAGAAAAGCGCAACACCAGGAAUUACCGAUGAAGGAGUACAGGAACGUCAUCAGAGACCAAGUAUCUAUGAUCAAUCUGGAUCUGCGUGGGACAUUGAAGAGGCCACAAUGGCAGAAAUAGCAACAGAUCAAGAUAUGAGAUUGUCAUUUGCUGAGGGUAGUGUUCGUGAUGUUGAUCUCAGGCUACCCUUCAAGCCACUCAUGAAAAACUAUGUUCCUGCCACUGAAAUUGAUGCAUCGCUCACAUCUCAUGCUCCUCUACCCUACAAGGUAGUUGAGUGCGACAUUCCACCGCCAGACUACCGAGAGAUACGAAAGCGAAUGCCAGUUGGUGGUGGUAGUACACAGGAUCCACGUGUUCGACGAAUACUGGCUCUUAAGGAUCCAGAAGUGACAACAAAUGUUGAUCAAGUGACAGAUGCAGUUGAACCAAAGCAACCAACCAUUUCGGCUGUUCGAGUUGAUCCACGACGAAAGCGUGAAGAGGCCCAACAAAAAGCACCUCCAGCUGGUGGCAUUGAUAUACAACAGGUCCUGCAGAAGAGUCCGUGGUAUCGUGAAUUGGGCAGUAAGAACAAGAUAAUGGUUAAUCAACAUUUAGCUCUCCUAUCGGCCGAACUGAAACGUUUUGCAGCUGAUGUUACACCGGGAAAAAUAUUUGAUCUCACUGUUGUCACACAUAAUCCAACAUUGCAGCAUAUUCUGCAGCAACUUGGAAUUGGUUUAGGUGAUUCAGGUCAAUUUCAGUUGAUGGAGGACCAACAGCAGCAACAGCAACAGCAACAACAGCAACAGCAGCAGCAGCAAUCGAGGAUGAUGGAAUGGAUGCCACAGGGAGGUCCACCGCAAAUGCGUCCGGGAUUUAUGGCACCACCGCCACAGGCCAGACCGGGACUUUUGGGUGUAGCUCCGCCGCCAAUUGGACCAGGGCAGAAUCUCUUUGAGACUGGUGCACCCUUCUAUCCGCCCCAAAUGCCAGAUUACUUUGCCCAACCGCCACCGGGAGAUGUACAAAGGCAAAGGCCACCAUUUAGGCCACGGCCCGAUCGUUGGGCACCACGUGGGAGGCGCCAUUUUGACUCACAGCGCUCUCCGAGGCGCGAUAAACCGAAAAAUUAAUUGUACAUUGUCCUCCACUAUCUUAUUAAUCCUUCUAUUUUUCAUCAAUAAUGAAUUUGAAAAUAAUCUUUGAAAUAUGAAGAAAUUUUAGAUGAAAUACAGAAAAAAAAAACUGAAUAACACAUUAACCCAAA